GGCGGGGACUUGCAGUCUGUUUCCAAAGUGCGGAGAGGAGGGAGUCGUCUGUGGUCGGGAGCGGCGCGGUCCGGUGGGUUUGUGAUGGAAGCCCGGCGGUUGGCGCAGCUGCUGUGCCUGGUGCUGACAGUGUGCACGGCGGUGCCAGGCUGUGCCUCGUCUCCUCCCGGAGAACACACCUUUGAAAUCCUCCAUGACCAGUCCGGUAAGUGCCUUACGGCGCAGAAUGACCGGCUGUCCGUCGAUAACUGCUCACAGGCCAAUAAUUCCCUCUGGAAAUGGGGCUCCGCUCAUCGCCUCUUCAGCUUGGGAACACAGAAGUGCCUCGGAGUUGACGUUUCGAAUCCUAAGGAUCCCUUGAAGUUAGUUUCUUGCGACUCCACGCUAAUGCUGUGGUGGCGAUGUGAAGGGCGAGGCGUAUCCGGUGCCUCCGGAUAUGGACUAAGUGUAAAGGACGGAGCUGUGACCGUGGCGAUGAAAGCCAAGGAUGAAUGGCGACAGAAGGGAAAACCUGAGGCGAUAUGCGAUGUUCCAUAUCAUGUUGUAUAUACGACAGGAGCGAAUUCUGCUGGAAAACCCUGUGACUUUCCGUUCUUUUAUAAUGGGAGCUGGUAUCACGACUGUAUCCGCGACGCUAAAGAAGAGCAGGAGUGGUGCGUCACCUCGUCGAGCUUUGACAAUGUUGUUUUGGGAAACUGCCUAAAGCCAGUGAGCGGCUGUAAUGGCACCUGGAUCCAGAAUGCAGAACUCCAGCAAUGCUACCAGUUCAAUGCAAACUCUGUCCUGAAGUGGAAACAAGCGUAUCUGUCAUGUCAAAGCCAAGGUGCCAAUUUAUUAAGCAUAUCCAGUCCAGAAGAGCUGCAGUACAUCAAAAAAAGUGCAAAUCUCCCAGAAUCCAUAUGGCUUGGCCUUAAUCGUUUGGAGAGCAGCAGUGGCUGGCAGUGGUCGGAUAAUAGCCCCUUGAAUUUUGUCAACUGGGAUGAAGAAAUCACUGCGUUUUCACUUGUAGACGGUUCUAGUUGUGGAAAAUUGAAUGUGAACUCGGGUCAAUUCGAGAUCUUUCCAUGCGAUGCGGAGCUGCCGUAUGUUUGCAAGAAGGGUGCAAAUGAGACAAAAACUGAGGCCGUGGAUUAUUGGCAUUACUCCGAGACGGAGUGCCCUGCAAACUGGACGUCCUACAACGGGUUCUGCUAUGUGUCACAAGAGCCUAGAACAUGGCAAGAAGCUGAAACUUCCUGCGAAAAGCAGAAUGCAAGUUUAAUCAGCCUUCAUUCUCUGGCGGAUAUAGAACUGGCUGUGACGAAAUUUCAAAGCGAGAAUAAAAAUAUUUGGUCCGGAUUUCACAGUCAGUCGGUCCCACCGCUCUUUAAGUGGUCUGAUGGAACAGAAGUUCACUUUACAUACUGGGAUCAAAAAGAACCAUUACCACCAUUCAAUGUGACUCCGAACUGUGUGUCUUUUUCAGGACAGACAGGUCGUUGGCAUGUGGAAAGCUGUGAAGAGAAAUUGAAGUCCAUAUGCAGGAAACCUGGUGUAUUAAAGAAUGCUAGCAACUCUGACUCUGGAUGUCCUCAAGAUAAGGACUGGAGGAGACAUGGAGAAUACUGCUACCUCAUUAACAUGACUGAAACCUCAUUUGAAGCACGGUGCAACCUCACCAUUACAAGCAGGUUUGAACAGGAAUUCCUGAACGCCUUAAUUCGACACCAGAAUAAGAUGGAGGGAAAAUAUUUCUGGACAAGUUUACAGGACGUGAAUAGUACUGGGGAUUACUACUGGCAGACUGCAAACGGGACAAAAGACCUCACUUAUUCCAACUGGAACACCCACCAGCCAGGAUUAGCCGGGGGAUGUGUCGCUUUGUCUACCGGAGCAUCUCUUGGAAAAUGGGAAGUCAAAGACUGCAAAACCUUCAAAGCUUUGUCCAUCUGCAAAAAAAGGAUUGGCCCUGAAGAGGAGGAGACCCCAAAACCCCUUCCCACAACGUGUCCUGACACAUGGAAGUCUGGAGCAGACCAGUAUUGCUACAAACUGUUUCACAAAGAAAGACUUCUGAGGCAGAGGACUUGGGAAGAAGCCGAGGGAAUUUGUGAAGAGUUUGGCGGCCAUCUUGUCAGUUUUUCACAUAUGCAAGACAUGAACAAUUUGUAUUUAUUACUUAAAUCUUUAUUUGGUACUAGUCAAACACAGUGGAUCUGGCUGGGGUUAAAUAAAAGAAAUCUGGGAAACUGGGAAUGGAGCGAUGGUCGCCCAAUUUCCUCUACAGUGCUGAGUGAUUUUCAGGAGGAGGACUACUCUCUGCGGGACUGUGCUGCUUUUGAGAUCAAUCUACCGAAAAGAAUGUACUGGAUGGGAAUCUUGGACCUUGUCCCUAUUGAAACUACUUAUAAACUGAAACCGUUCCACUGUGAGGCCCGGCUCGACUGGGUGUGCCAGGUUCCUAAGGGUACACCAACGAAGACUCCAAACUGGUAUCAGCCAGAUUGGAGAAGUAAAAUAGGCCCUGCAGUUACCAUUGAAGGCGGCGUAUAUUGGUUUGUGUCAGAGCCUAAACUUGGCUACAAGGAAGCGGCACUCUACUGCGCCAGCAAUGGCAGUGAACUGGCGACCAUCGAUUCUUUUGAUGCCAUGGAAAGCAUUCAGGAUUUUCUGAAGAAGCAAGGAGCCAAUAAUAAUUUACAGGCAUUCAUGCAAAAAUGGUGGAUAAAGUCAUCGGACUUCAGGGGUCACCAUCCGUUUGUGCUUUAUCGAGUGUUUGGCUCAGGUGCCCGCGAAUGCAAUAGUAUUACUGCUUUAAUCCACAUUCCAGACCAAUUUAAAUCCGUAAAUUGCAAUGAGAAGCUCCCCUUUAUAUGUAGAAGUCAAAACUUUUCUCUUCUGGAAAUAGCGACGACCGAAGUCAUCAACUCUUCUUUGAGCUGCCCGGAAAAUAUGACAUUGUUUGGAAACAAGUGCUUCAUGAAGGUUCCUGAGAAAAACGUAACCUUCUCUGAUGCAUCUGCAUACUGCAAAACAUUUGGGUGUUUUCUUCCUACAAUUUCAAACCAACUCGAGCAAGAUUUGAUCACAUCCUUGAGUUCAGAUUUGCAACAAAAAUUCUGGGUUGGUCUCAGACUUGCCCUGAAAACUUCCAAGAACAGCUGGGUCGACGGCUCCGAUGUCACCUAUACAAACUUCCAUCCACUAUUACACGGGAGAUAUAAGCGGUUUCAGUACGAUCAUUUUAACAUGGAGAAAAAUCAGCAGUGUGUGUUUUUCCUGAAUGAUCCCAAAUCAUCAUUUGUGGGCACAUGGGACUUCACAGCUUGUUCAGAUCAGCAGUAUGUGUCCAUCUGCCAAAAAGAAGCAGAUAACAGCGGCAAAACUGGGGAGACUGGGGUCCCAGAAGAGGUGACCUACAAAGAACGAAAGUAUAGAUUCAUUCAAAAAAACAUCACCUGGUACGAGGCUUUGUCUGAAUGUAAGAGCAGAAAUAUGGAGCUGGUCAGUAUUACAGACCAGUACCAGCUGUCCUUUAUCACAAGCACUGUUAGUCGAGUGGGUCAGCCCAUGUGGAUAGGACUCUCUAGCCGUGACGACGGAAUCCACUACAGAUGGCAGGACGGGAGCCUGGUCACUCUGAACCGAUGGUCAGAUGAAAGUCUAGAGGAGGAUUGCACUUUCAUUGCUUUGGAUGGGACAUGGAAAACGGAGAGCUGCGAUAUCAAGCUGCCUGGGGCGAUUUGUCAUGUUCCGCCAGAGACGCCUGCAAAUAAGACGCCGGCCACAGACUGUCCUCAUAGGAUUCAGGACACUAUAUGGAUUCCAUACAGAAAUGGCUGUUACGCCUUUCUUUUAACGCAUAAAAGAUGGCUGCCAGUUAGCUCACAAUAUGUCUGCCAUGUUCUCCACCCGGAUGCCUUCGUCCUGAGCAUCAGAGAUGAGGAUGAAAAUAUGUUUGUCUUCAAUCAUAUCCAACCGUACGCUGACCUGGCCAAGUGGGUUUGGUUGGGCCUUCUUUAUGACAGCAGCACCAAUGGGUUUCGCUGGCAUGACCAGACCUUUGUACAAUACUCCAACUGGAGAGAGGGGCGCCCGAAUGUGACAAAUGACAGCUUUUUUGCAGCCAUGAGAAUUGACGGUUUUUGGGAUAUUUAUCCAAACCCAAAGGAUUUUGAGCUGUUGUACCUUCAACAAUACUCUAUUGUUGCCUGCAAAAUUGAAAAAGGAUCUAAUCAAGAUUACAUUUCGCCAAUGCCAACAUCCAUCCCGUAUUAUGAUGUAUCAUAUUCUGUUCUAAAAAAGAAGCUUACGUGGUUUGAAGCAGUAAAGGAAUGCAAGAAAAAUGACAGUCACCUGGCCAGUGUACACAAUGUGCACCAGCAGUUGUUUCUGGAGUAUAUCGUCAGGCAUGAUGGGUUUGCGCUGUGGUUUGGAUUAUGGAAUAAUGAUGGAUCCAGUAUGGAGUGGUCAGAUGGCACCGAAAUCAACCAUGAAACUCAGAAACUUGGUCUUGGAAACUGCCUGUAUUUAAAUACUAAAGGAAACUGGAUGGUGCAGAACUGUAGCGAGACUCUGGAUGGUGCAAUAUGUUAUAAAAACAAUUCUGCAAUUCAAUUAAAACUUUCUAGCAAAGAGGAGCUGUGUCCCCAAACACCGGGCACAGGGCGCUGGGUCCGUCAUAAGGAUUUCUGCUAUGGUUUUGAUGUAAAGCUUUACAAUUACUCUGUGUAUAGCAAUGCGGAGGCCAGCAAAGUGUGUCAGACUGUGGAUAGCACCGCCACAUUGCUGACUAUAAAUGAUGAAGAGGAAAAUGCCUUUGUUAGCAGAUAUCUGAACACUGAUCCAUAUGUUACCAGCAGAGUUUGGCUUGGAGUAAAUUCCACUUCGACCGGUCAGAAGUCGGUAUGGCUUGAUGGCUCCCCUAUUCAGUAUAAAAACUGGGGGUCUUCACAAAAUGGAGGAACAGGCUCGUGUGCGACAUUGUUGCCCCAGACAGGAACAUGGAAUAAAGUACCGUGCGCAACGGGCUAUGGGAGAGUUGUCUGCAAAUCACCUAUAAGAUCCAGUGGAUCAGGACUCGCAAUUGCGUUCGCGGUGGCCCUGAUUUCCGUCCUCGUCAUCGGACUCCUUGUCUAUCUCUACAGAAAGAGAAAUAUUUUUUCCUCUUCAGUUCGGUACCGGCGUGCAGAAGACCAGAUGGAGUCCAUGAUUGAUUAUUCUUAGGACUGUUAAAAACCUCUUACUUGCAUUUUAUUUUGCACAAAUUGAAUUUUUUUUUUAAUUGUUGCAUUUUAUUGGCAUUUUAUUUAGUCUGUUCUUCAACAGACCUGAUUGUCUGUCUGUUUGUUGUGGAAGACUACUACGACACAGAAAACCAAAGUGUUGGAAUUUUCUAAAUACUUGAGGAAAUUUUGUUUUUUCUCACUCCAAGUUUAAUUUAGAUUUUAUGGUUGUUACUAGAACUACUUUUUUUUUUUUUUACAUGUUGGAGGUGUUCUGAAAAUGUUGGUUAAAGGGGUGGGUGACCUAUCUCAUACAUUGGGGGCAUAUUGCUAGGCGAUAUGCCCCAAUGUAUGAGAUGGGCCAACCCCUUUAAUAUGGAGGAGAAUAAAUCCAAAUUUGUAUGGUACUGUUGGAUACAAAUUUAAGGGAUGUGAAUUAUGGAGACCUAGUCUUCUCAAUUUAAUUUAACAAUUUUAACAACUUACCCUCAGGAACAAAAUAUUUGCACUUCAUCUUCCUGUAGUCUGCACUGUAAUUUGUAAGAGAAGCGGUUUGUACUAUAAAGAGGAUCUUCAUAGUCGUAAUUUACGGUUGGACACCCCCUCUCCAAUCAUAUAGUUGUCCCCAUCCUGUGGAUAGAGGAUAACUUUUUAACUACUGUAAUACCCCUUUAAGCCAUUCCCAAUCCCUAUUUAGGUCCCUUGCCCCUGGCCAGCCCCACUGAGAAUCCCAAUGGUAAAUUUUACGUGUAGGGCUUUUUGAAGGCAUAAAGACAAAAUGUAGAUUCGGAAUGGUUAUGAUAUUGGUAAUGUUGAGGCGUGGUUCUAUAAAAAGGGGCAUGCCCACAGGUGAGGGGGCACAAAACUUGGCUUGGCCCAGGCACCGGCAACACACGUUACACCAUUGCGUAUCCCUAGUCAGAUUUUGGAAGAUAUGAUGAGCACAGAAAUGUCCACAUGCACAAGCGGAGCUAGCAAUGCAUAGUUCUUCACGUAGGGUUUCCAUUCAUAUCAGUGGAGCAUAGUCAGCUAAAACAUUUUUUUGGGGGGGAAGUUUACUAUCCACCAUAUUUUAUACACCAAGUAAUUUACCUAUAAACGAUGGUACAAUAGCUUACCUUGAAAAUGCCAUUUUAAGUUAAAAAAAAUGUAAAAAAAAAUUCUUUCAAUUUUAGUAGGAAGAUCCGUUCUGAAGCACAAACUGCGCCUCUAACAAAUUGAAUACUCAGCAGAGAAACCGGAGUUGCAGAUACUUUGCUUUACUUAUGUAUCUGUUAGUAGAAUUCAGUCAGUCCGGCAUUUGAUAAUCCAGAAGGUAUGAAAAUAUGACACUUGUCAUCAGAACAGCCAUAUAAAAAGAGGAAGACUGACCAGAGGAAACCAAUCGGUCAAUUCCUUUGAGUAAAAACAUUAAAUUAAUUUGUGUUAACAUUUUAUUUUAAUCGGGUCCCAUCCGUGCCGGAUUAAAGGAAUUCUACUGUGUAUAUUUUUGUGUAAUAUAUGAUUAUAGUAGGUUGUGAGUUUCUGGGUAUAUGUAUAUUUUUUAUUUCUACCUAGUGCUACUGUAACAACAACAGAAGGAGAUUAAGGUUUUUUUUAUAUGUAAAUCUGAAUAUUUAUUAGUAGCACAGAAUUGGAGGAAACCUACUGUUAUAUGCAGGUGAUGGAGUUUAGCCUUGCUUUAUAUAUUUUUUUAAAUUAGAUUUCACUAGUUGUUUUACGUAAGGUAGAUGUGCAAUAUUUAAAGAGUGCCUAUAAUUUGAGCAGAUCUGGCCUUAAGUAUUUGCAAACUGGCCUUCCAACCGCACUGUUUGUUGAAAUACAUGAUAUUCGUAGGUGUGCCUUUGCUUGGGACCCUGUCUUUAUGUAUAACAACAGAAUAGCCCGGACAAUGGUCAUUCCAGCAGCUCCUCUGCACCUUCUCAGCCAAGUAUUUUUAUUGCUAGAGUGCAUCUACAAUAAAAAAUUGAAGCAACUUUU